AGAAGAUUUUGUAUUGUCCCGAAUUCGGUUGCCGCAAGGUGCUGAUAUCAUCAUGGUAUACGAUAUCGGCGGAUCGGUCAAGGACCGCGCUACCGUUUACCCCAUGCACAUUACAGUCGAUGCUCGCUUCGUGCUUCCAUCCUGUUGUACAAGCUCGUGUCAAUCUGAGUCACUAAGACGGAGCGCGUAUAUCUCCGACGGAGAUGCGCGAUAUAGAGUUCAACUACCCAUGCAUGUCAAACCGUGGCUGCAAGAACACGAGCUUUGAGACGCAAUGAAGAACCUGUGCGGCGACGUAACGCGGUGCGCAAGCUGCAGCGCCGGGCGCCCUCCCGAUACUCUCCUGAUUACGAUCUUCAUUCGCAUUAUCGAUUUCUCGCCGGACACUGCUAGCGAUGUCGACGAGCACCAGUGAGAAACCGACACGGAUCAUAACCAUCGGCGUUGGUGGGGCCACAUCUUCUGGGAAGACGACCUUGGCAAAGCACCUCAGAAACUGUUUGCCAAAUAGCUUCACUGUCCACCAGGACGACUUUGUGCCGCCUGCUGAGAAACUCCCAAUCGACCCUGAAUAUGGAUUUGAAAACUGGGACGACCCGGAGGGCGCUAUUGAGUGGGAUCGCAUGGCAGCGUUCGUCGCCGACCUGAAGAAGACCGGUACACUCCCCGCCGAUCACCAAUCCUUCGACAGCUUUAACCAGACGGCGAACGUGGCCGUAGAUGAAAAGGUCAUCGCAGAUUGGAAGGCUCAAAGCGAAAAGUUGGCCGCCGAACAUUUGGAGAAGCACGGGGAGCAGCUCGUCUGGGCUAUCAUUGACGGUUUCCUGCUCUAUUGGGACAAGGCGAGCGCGACACGCAUCGUGUCUGAUCUCGACGUCCGCGCCGUUAUCCGCGUUCCUGAAGAAAUAGCGAGGGCCAGACGCGAAGCUCGCUCGUACUACACACCCGAGGGCGAGACAUGGACCGACCCUCCUCACUACUGGGAGAAGAUCGUCUGGCCGGCGUAUAUCCGCGCCCAUAAACACCUGUUCGAGAAUGAAGACGUUGUGAAUGGCGGCGUGAGUGGCAAGGUGGAAGGUUUGAUGCUGUUCGAGAGCACGAGCACCUCGAUGACCGACAUGGUGAAUACGGUGAUGAAACGAGUGGUGGAGGUUUCGGCGGCGAAGUAGCCCCUAAACAUCCCACGAUGACUUGCUUAAUUAAUAUAAAAAAGCGGUCCCCAGU